AGGCUGGUGGUGGUGGUGGCAAGAAGGGUGGUAAGAAGAAGGGUUCUUCUUUCCAGACUGUUUCUGCCCUUUUCCGAGAGAACUUAAACAAGCUGAUGACCAACUUACGGAGCACUCACCCCCAUUUUGUCCGUUGCAUCAUCCCCAAUGAAACAAAAACACCUGGUGCCAUGGAGCAUGAACUGGUGCUGCACCAGCUGCGGUGUAACGGUGUGCUGGAAGGGAUCCGAAUCUGCAGGAAAGGAUUCCCCAGCAGAGUGCUCUAUGCUGACUUUAAGCAGAGGUACAAGGUGCUCAAUGCAAGUGCUAUCCCAGAGGGACAGUUCAUUGACAGCAAGAAGGCUUCUGAGAAGCUCCUUGGCUCCAUUGAUGUGGACCACACCCAGUACAAAUUUGGUCACACCAAGGUGUUCUUCAAAGCUGGGCUGCUGGGGCUCCUGGAGGAGAUGAGAGAUGAGAAGCUGGCACAGCUCAUCACUCGCACACAGGCCAGGUGCAGGGGCUUCCUCAUGAGAGUGGAGUACCAGAGAAUGGUGGAGAGGAGGGAGUCCAUCUUCUGUAUCCAGUACAAUGUUCGUGCAUUCAUGAACGUCAAGCACUGGCCCUGGAUGAAGCUGUUCUUCAAGAUCAAGCCUUUGCUGAAGAGCGCAGAAUCAGAGAAGGAGAUGGCCAAUAUGAAGGAAGAGUUUGAGAAAACCAAGGAAGAGCUUGCAAAGUCUGAGGCAAAGAGGAAGGAGAUGGAGGAGAAAAUG